AAAAAAAGUCGUUGUCUCUUUCGUUUUUUUCUUUUUUAACUAUCUUAUCGAGAAAAAAAAUUAAAGAAAUCAAAGGGAGAGAAAAUCGCGGAGGAACAAAAUUUCUAGAGAGAGAGAAAAAAGAGAAACAAGACUAGUAGAUAGGUUCAACGUUGUAAGAAAGAGAAGAGUUUGUGUCUUAAUUUCGAAGGUUCUCGCCAUUUGCGCCAUUUGAUUGAAUCAAGUUAACUGCGUUGAAGUUGAGGGUUUUAAAAGUUUUGAAUUUGACUGCAUUAACCAUCGGAUCUUGAAGAAGAAGAGAGAAAUGGGAGAUACAGACACAGAUAUGAUCCAUAGACUCCAUUCACCAUUCAACACUUCAAUCCCUAAACAGCCUCAGCAGCAGCAGCAUCAGCUCGAAUUAAACCCUAAACGAGUAGGUGUUCCUCCAACUUCACCCUACUCUCAGAUCCAGAGUUUCAACCAGGGAGGAGGAGCUUCUCACUCAAGGUCAAUGUCACAACCUUCCUCUUUCUUCUCCUUUGACUCCUUACCUCCUUUAAGCCCUUCUCCCUUCAUGGAAGACAGAGGAGACUCCCGUGUCUUUAGCAACAACGCUUCUUCCUUGUUGCCUCCAUCUCACUCCUUCACGAGGUGUAACUCUACUACUACCUCCUCUUCUAGAGACACUCUACCUCCAAGAAAAUCUCACAGACGCUCCAACAGUGAUAUCCCCACUGGCUUGUCUUCAAUCCCUUUGAUCCCUCCAAGGCCGUUAGAGAGGUCAGUUUCUGGUGGGGAAUCUGCUGAUUGGUCAAAGACUAAUCCUUUUGUGAAGAAGGAAGGAGUUGGAGAGAGAGAAGCAAUGCCAAUGGAUGAUCUCUUCUCUGCUUAUAUGAAUCUUGAAAACAUUGAUUCCUUAAACUCCUCUGAGAAUAAUAAUAGGGAUGAGAUGGAGAGCAGUAGAGCAAGUGGGACCAAGACUAGUGAUGACACUGAGGGAGAGACAAGUAGUGUCAGUGGGAAUAGUCAUUCUAACUUGAAGAGAAGAGCUGGUGGUGGUGACAUUGCUCCUACCACUAGACAUUACAGGAGUGUUUCUGUUGACAGUUGUUUUAUGGAGAAAUUGUCUUUUGGUGAUGACUCUGUGCUGAAGCCGCCUCCUUCUCCUGGGACUACUGUGUCAAGGAAAGUUUCUCCUACCAGUUCGGCUGAUGGUGGUGGUGGUGCAGCGUUUAGCAUCGAGUUUAAGAACGGUGAGUUUACUGCGGCGGAGAUGAAGAAGAUUAUGGCUAAUGAUAAACUAGCUGAGAUGGCUGUGGCUGACCCUAAGCGUGUCAAAAGAAUAUUGGCGAAUCGUCAGUCUGCAGCGAGGUCAAAGGAGAGGAAGAUGAGGUACAUAGUGGAGUUGGAACACAAAGUGCAGACUCUUCAGACCGAGGCUACUACUUUGUCUGCUCAGCUCACUCUUUUGCAGAGAGAUAUGAUGGGAUUGACAAACCAGAACAAUGAGCUCAAGUUUCGUCUUCAAUCAAUGGAGCAGCAAGCGAGACUCCGCGAUGCUCUGAACGAAGCAUUGAAUGGGGAAGUCCAGCGACUGAAACUGGCAAUUGGUGAGAGCAGCAACCACAACGAAGAAGCUGACAGAUCAAAGAUGCAUUCACUAAACGCUGAGAUGUUCCAGCAACUCAACAUCAGCCAGUUAAGACAGCAGCAGCCUCAGUCUCAGUCGACAAAACCUGAAUCGAAUGAAUAGAGCAGACAAGUUGUCGAGGUUGCUGGAUCAAAGAGUUGGAGUCUUUAGCUGUUUUUUCUUUUUCUUUAAAGUUACAUAUCAAUCAAUCAAACAUCAUAUAUCUAUCUGUUUUCUGUGCAGAGUCUGUUGAAUUUACAUUUAUAUAUAUAGUGUCUUAAGAAAAUUUAAUUUUACAGUAUUAUUAUUUUAAAAAUUCAAUGUAAUGGUAGAUAAAAUAUGGUUGUAAUGGAGGGAGGCUCAAGAGAUUGAGCAUCAGACAAAGAGAUUCUCUUGUUUUGUUGUUUUGUACUAUUGAGUUUUAUUAAGUUUUGAUUCUUGUCUC